CAUCCAUGUCAAGAUCCCACACACACCGAGUUGACACCUCUCAACUUCAAGCGGCCUAUCUUGACGUGCUCGAGAGGCAGAUAUCAUGCCCCGGCUACAGAUUCUACACCACAAGUCCUACCACCCGUACUCGGAGAAGAACAAGCAACGUGUCAGAGAGGAUGAGGCCAAGGCUCGAGCCGAGGAGGAGCUGCGCCAGCAGGAGACGAUCGAAGCAGAAUCUGAAGCGCGUUUGAGUGCGCUGCGUAGACGCGCUGGUACACCCGAGGAGCAUUUGACUAUCUCCGGGGAGAGCUCGCUGCUGGAACGGCACCGCCGGGAGAAGGAGCAGCUGAAGCGGCGCGAAAGGAAGGACAAGGAAAGGGCACGCCUUGACUUUGACUGGCCACAGAAAGAGGCGCGCAAGCGCGCACGGGAGGACGACCGCUUCGUGUCUGGCGGGCAGUUGGACGACGACCGCUUCGUGACCGAAGGGCAUGUGAAUUUCUGGGCCGACCUCGAGAGCGGGAAAGAGAGCGCGCUGGUGCAGCCGACGAUUCGUGAUGCGGCGUCUCGCAAGGCGGCUCAAGACGCCGACAAGCUGACAAUGUAUCUCGAGCGGCCGGACAGAGAGACACGUCCAUGGUACGCGGACAAGGAGCUGCGGCACGUCGAGGAGACGGACGAGGAGGCGGAGCGGCGGCGUGCGCGUGACAAGAUAGACGCCAAAUCCAAGGUCAGCCAGGACCCGCUCACAGCCAUCAACAGGAAGUUGAGUUCGCAGCCACGACCGACUCCCACAUCGACACGUGCCCCGGCUCGUGGGCCACCAAAAGCGCAAAGUGAGCGGGAGAGGGCGCUCGCGAUGCUUGCGAAGCGCAAGGGCAGCUCGGGCAGGGCGGGGUGGGAGACGCCCGAGUCGACACAUGGGUCGUGGGCCGAGGAAUUCGAGCGGGAGAAGGAUCGGGCAGGGCACCGCUAUAAUCCGAGCGCGUGGGAGCGGAAUGCUCGGCGCUGACACGGGGCCGCGACAUGUGAUGGUGAUAGCGUUGUACUGAAGGCGACAAUGUGUAGCGUCGAUCACGGUGAUCAGUGUAAUCGGGGCUGCACGUGUGGCGUAAUGUGCGCGUGACUGUGGUGAUCGUACACUUCUGAUACGAUGCAUUCAUUGCAUAAGUAGAGGAACGACUGCUCGGCAUCUCGGCAUACUCGGGGAGGUGUCAGGCGGCCAUGACAAGACAUGUGAGACAUGCUGGUCGGCGACGCC